AGUUAAUAGUAUAACCACAUUUAAAUAUCAAAUUUUGCUAUAUACGUAAAAAUUGAAAACUUAAAAUCAAUAUAGUCUAAUUAAUUAAUAUUAAAAAAGAAACCUGUGGUUACGUUCUCUUAAACGUUAAGCUGCAGUAACCACAUAUACCACAAAAAGCAGAUUUUCGAAAAUUUUUAAAUUAAGUACACUGUGAAAAAUUAUACAAUGACAAUAAAGAUUAUUCUCUCAUAAUAAGAAUAAGAUUAUUGAAUUAUUAAAAUUUAUAAUGCUUUCCUUAUUGAAUAAAGGAUUCUCGGUAAUAACGAGUAACUAUGAAGAGCUAAAGAAUGCAGACAUUUUAGUUUGCACAGAUGUGAAAAAUUAAUAUUCUACGUGCGUCUUAUCAAAGACACACUUUUUUUUUUAGUUACGCACACUUUAAUUUAACUUAAUCAAACUUAAGUGAAUAGGACCAUGCCUUAUAUAAAUGGGAAUACCAUUCUUAAGAAUCUCUUUUGCAAAAAUAUUUUUUUUUUUUUAACUUCUAAUAGAUAUUAAGUAAUAUGAAAAAAAUGUUAAAAACGAUUCUAUUUUUAUUAUUUGUUACAUUCUCUCAUGGUGAAAAAGGUUGUGAAAUUUCAAUAGAUUUUCAAGACGGAGAUUUAAAAGAACCUCAACCUUUGAUUUUAACUAAUUCUUAUAAAGUUUUUUAUCCUGAUGAAAAUGGAAUAUUGACAUUUUCUAGUGGUCAAUCAAUUUUGUUAGCCUGUCCAGAUAAAAACAAUGGUUUCAAUGCUCCUUUUAAUUCGCAACAUAUCAUUAAAGCUUCUUGUGUUCAAAGUAAACAAUUUAAAGUUAAUGGAAAGUCUUAUUCAUUUCAUUCAUUUACUUGUAAAAAAAGUCAAAAAAGUGUUGUCAAAAGAAAAGGAACUUGUUUGAAUAAAUUUUCUCAAGUUGACGUUGGUUUUCGUGUACUUGAUAAUUUUGUUUCAAUUUAUGAAAUUUGCCGAGACGAUGAUACUGACGAAACUUAUUAUGUUAAAGAGGAAAUGACCGCCAGUGUUGGUGGUCAUCAAUCGAAAAAUCCCAGACCUACUUGGUCAAGUCACAAUCUUUUUCAAGGAAAAGUAGAUAAUUUUUAUAAACAAAAACAUCAAAAAAGUAUUUUAAAACAAAUACUUAAAUCAGACGAGUUAGUUCAAAAAUAUUUCAAAAAAGCUCAAUUACAACGAGGACAUUUGGCAGCAAGAUCUGAUUUUGUUUAUGGAAUACAACAAAAUGCAACUUUUAGUUAUGCUAAUGCAGCACCUCAAUGGUCAUCAUUUAACACUGGCAAUUGGAAAUAUAUUGAAAAUGCAGUUCGUCAAUUUGUACAAGUUAAUGAUUUGGAGGUAACAAUUUAUACUGGAGUUCAUGGACAAAUGACGCUUAAUGAUAUUAACAAUAAUAAACAACCAUUAUUCCUUGAUAUUGACGAGAAUAAUAAUAAUUACAUAAGAGUACCUAAAUUUUUCUGGAAAAUUGUCUACGAUCCAAUUAAAUAUUUAGCACUUACUCUAAUUGGCGUCAAUGAUCCGUUUAGUGAAAAAGUGACAAAAGAUAUGUUUCUAUGUAAAGAUAUCGCCAAAAGUUCAAAAUUCGAUUGGUUGACAAAAUCAUGGAGAAAAAGAACACAAAUUUCUUUAGGAUUUUCGUAUAUAUGUGAUUAUAAUGAAAUAAAGAAAGUUGUUCAUACGCUACCAAAACUAAAAGUCAAGGGUAGUUUAGAAAGUUCUGUAAAUAUUUCCUUAGAUGAUAUAGAAGAAAAUAAUGACAGCGACGAUGAAAAUGAUUGAUCCCUACAUAAUGAAUAAAAUUACUUAUAAUAAUAAUUAUAUUAAACAAAUAUAAUAAACAUUUGUAUAAAAAAAAAUUUUUUUUUUUUAAAAUGUCUAGUGAUGUGAAAAUUUCUUUGAAAUUGUAUGUACGUGGUCAACAAAAACACUUAAAAAACUAUCUGGUUUUUUGUAAGAAUGCAAAUUAAUUAUUCAGAACACACUUAAGCGUUCAUUUUCCAUUUGCGAUUGCACGACUUUAAAAUUCUUAUCAGCAUCAGAAUGCAAAACCAUUUAAACAUUUGAAACAGCACUCUCUCGCCUCCAAGAAACCUGAUUCUAAUUAAGUUUUUAUUUUGUUUUAUUAAUGAAAACUAAAUAAUUUCAAUACUUCUUUCGCUAUAAUGAAGAAACUUUUGUGCUCAUUGAAAAUGAUAUUUUUAUACAAAAGUAUCUUAUCUACUCUAAAGUCUGGUAAAUAUUGCAAAAAAAAAACUUAUAAUCUAUAUUAAAAAAAAUUGUACGAUAAUAAAAUAUAACUAUUAUUAAUUACAAUAAACAAUUUUCAAAUC